GCGCGGCGGGGCCGGAGGGCGGCGCGGCGGCGGCGGCCCCGCACCCAGCGCCCGCACCCACCGCCCGCCUCCCGCGGGCGGCGGCAACAAAGGCCCUUCCCCGCCCCCGCCGCCGCCUCCCGCCGCCUCCCGCCGCCGCCGGCAGCGUCCUUGCGGCAGGAAGAUGCCCGGGGAGGUGCCGCCGCCGGCGCCCCGGGGGCUGCGGAGCCUCCCGCUGCUGCUGCUGCUGCUGCUCAGCGCCCGCGCCGCGCUGGCUCAGCGCUGGCGCAAUGAGAACUACGAGAGGCCCGUGGACCUGGAGGGCUCCGGGGAUGACGAUCCCUUCGGAGAGGAUGAGCUGGACGACAUCUACUCCGGCUCUGGCUCGGGGUAUUUCGAGCCAGAGCUGGGGCUGGACACGGCUGUGAGCCUGACCACGGACACGCUGGUGACGCUGCCCACCACCGCGGCCAUGCUGCCCGUCACCGCUGCCCAGCCCGUGGCAACGCCCCUGGAGCCGUCCCCCACCCCCCAGGACACCACCCCCGGGCAGGCAACCAGCGCCUUCCCCAUGCCCAGGACCACAGAAUCACCAGUGGUGCCCAGCUGGAAAGCCACCACCACCACCAGCACCACGGCCAGCAAGCCCCCGACCACCACAGCCACCACCACCACCAGGGCCACCACCACCACCAGGGCCACCACCACCAGGGCCACCACCACCACCAGGGCCACCACCACCACUACGGCCACCACCACCACCACGGAGGCCACCACGACCACAAGCACCACCACCACAGCCACAGCCAAGCCCACCACCAUCUGGAGGUUCCUGCCCCCCUUGGCCACCAAGGCGGCCACCACCCGGGCCACCACCCUGGAGACCCCCACCACGCCCGUCCCCGAAACCACCACCCCAACAGAGGCGGCCACAUCGCGCCUUGUCCCCACCAGCACGGCCAGGCCCAGGGCCCUGCCAAAGCCCAGCACCUCGAGGACUGCAGAGCUCCCGGAGAGAAGCACGGCCCUGCCGCCCACGGCCGCCACUCUGCCGCCCACAGAGGCCCCCCAGAUGGAGCCUGGGGAGGUGACAACAGUCCCCGACAAGGAGCUGGAGGUCCCGGCCAGCAGUGGCCCCAGCGGGGACUUCGAGAUCCGGGAGGAGGAGGAGACAACUCGUCCCGACCUCAGGAAUGAGGUGAUGGCUGUGGUGACACCGCCGGCGGGCCCAGGGCCCGGCAGGAACGCGGAGACGGGGCUGAUGGACAACACGAUAGACUCGGGCAACUCGGCUGCUCAGCUGCCCCAGAAAAACAUCCUGGAGAGGAAGGAGGUGUUGAUAGCGGUGAUCGUGGGCGGCGUGGUGGGCGCCCUUUUUGCCGCCUUCCUGGUGAUGCUGCUCAUCUACCGCAUGAAGAAGAAGGACGAGGGCAGCUACACCCUGGAGGAGCCCAAGCAGGCCAACGUCACCUACCAGAAGCCCGACAAGCAGGAGGAGUUCUACGCGUAGACGGAGAGCCCAGAGUGCCUCAUGCUCCCUCCCUCCCUCCCCACUCCAGACCCUCCCCCUCCUCUUCCCCAUCCGGUCUCUCUCUUCUCCCCCUCCUCCACCUCUCUUUUUUUGGGAUCAGACUGUGAAUUUACAAAGCAAAACCCGCAGCGGCUGAAGGAGGAGACGCGUCCCUGGCACGGGGGGCACGGGGUGCCCGCAGCAGCGCCGGGUCACGCCCAGCCCCGCUGGCCUUUCUGCUGGCGGGAGGGAUGGGGCACGGAGCCGGCGCCGAGGGGCCGAUGCCAGGGCAGCCAUGCCUGGGAAUGCCCUGGAGAACACGGGACGGGCUGCCCAUGGCGCCUGGAGCCAAGCUGGACUUUUCCCACCACCACAAACUCUGGGAUCCGGACAUCUCCUGCCAGCCCUGGGGUGCAGGGUGCUUGCUUUGGAUUUAUUCUCCUUUUAUUUUUUUUUUUUCCAUCCAUAAAGGAGGGAGAUUUCCUCCUCUCUGUCUCGUCUUUGUUUUUUGGUUUUCUUUUGGAAUGGGGUUAGUUGCUCCGCAGGAAUCCCCUUCUGCUGGAAGAGAGAACACGACUCUCCAGCACUCCUGGAACCCUGGGAAAAGCACAAGGGGAUGGAAUACCUGGCGUCCCAGGAUUCGCUCAUGGAGUGUGGAAAAAAGGAAAUGAGUACAAACGCUGGGAAUGACCCUUGUGGAUCAAUAUUCUGGAGAGCUUGUGGAGCUGCACUGGUGCAUCCCAGGCUGCUGCCAUCCAGCCACUCCCUGGAAUCUCUUGGAUCCACAUCUGCCUGCGGGGUUUGGCUCAGGCUGGGUUUUCACUGUGACCACUAAAGCUCGGCUUUGCGGGACGUUCCUUAGGGAGGAGCUGGGAAUGGAGGAGCUGAAUCCUGUCCCUGGCUCUUCCAGAGGGGAUAACAGAGCUCUGCAAGGAGUGGGAUGCAGCCUGAGGAAGGAAAUGCAAGCAGGGACCAUCCCUGUCCCCUCGGGGCCCGGCAGAGAUCCCGCCGGCUCCAGAGGUGAGGAAGAGGAGGCAGAACCACGGCUCCACCGCAGGGUUGACUGGAUCAUUGGAAAGAUCCCAAAACCCACGGAAAUUCAGUACUGAUGGUUUUCCUUUGCUGUUUGAAUCGCCAGGAUUGAUGGUCUUCCUUCAUUGCUGUUUAAAUUCCAGCACAACCCACAGGGCUGGAGAGAACCCGACCCUGGCACGCCCAGGGGUCCCUCCGAGGCUGCCCAGGGUGCAGAUCCAGACCCUCUGGUGCCUUCGGGAAAGGUUGGAUUUUCCAGAGCAAUCCCUGCAUGCAGAUUCAAUUCAGAUAUUUCAACUGAGGUGUUUCAGUGGGGUGGCUCUCCGUUAGCUGGACCCCUGUGGAGCUUUGUUGUCACCACGGUUGUGAUCUCGGUGGGGUCCCUCGGAGACUUUGGAUUUGCUCUUGGAGCAAUUUAAAUGGGAAAAUUUAGGGAAAAAAAUCAUUGCUUUGUGAAUUAACCUGCACACAGCCAGGGACACCUUGGCCCCUGAGGGGGUUGGUGGAUUUAAGGUUUUGUGGCCCUGGUGGGGAUUACAAGACAGAAGAGCUUGGUUGUGGGUGGGAUAUUUGAGGCCAUAUGAAUAUUUCAAAUAUAUAUAAAUAUAUAUCUCCACUCCUGUACACCCACACUACCACAGGUGUGGAAGGAAAUGAAAUCCCUGGAAUUUCUCAGUGCACUGGGAUGCUUGGGUAGGAUUUGGGGUUGGGAAGUUGGGAGCUUUGGGCUGCUUUUCCCUGGGAUAGAACCCAAAAAGAUGGCCUGGAUUUCCUUCAGGAUAGGGAACACAGCCCACACAUGGAUCAGCUCUAAAUCCUCAUUUUUGAGCUGCCAGCCUCAAAAGCCUCAUGGUUUAGGUUCUUGGAGAUUGGAGAAGGCCCUGUUGGAUGUUUGGGGUGGUGAUGCUGGGAGUGACCAUUUCCGUGUCCAUCCUAGAGUGACAAUGAUGAUGAGGAUGAGGGAUGAGGAUGCUCCAAGGGAGGGAACACACUCUGAAAGAGCCUGGUGCCAACCCAGAGACACUUUGGGCUCCUGGAUUUGAUGAUUUGGGGGAUUUUGGCCCUGCUGGGAUCACACAAAGGGGAGUGGCACAAACCCAGGUCACCAAGGCCACCCAAAAUCCCCAUCUUUUGGGAAAACCUGGAUUUAAUCUUUGAAGCUUGCUUAAAAAAAAAAAAAAAAAAGAAAAGAAAAAAAAAAAAAGAAAAGGAAAAAAAAAAAAAAAAAGAAA